AUGUUUUUCUCGAUUUUUAUAUACAUAGAGCCAAUAGAAGAAUAUCCAACAAUCGAGCUUUCAUCUGAUAUGACACAGUACAGUGAUAUGAAAAAGUAUAUAACAAAUGAAACCUCCGAAAUCUUCGAUCCAUACUCAAAUUACCCCAAUUAUGACACAAUUACCGAAGAAAAUUUUACCGAUACAUAUGAUGUCUCACACUUAAAAUUUUUAUAUAUCGGAAAAGGUUUUAAUGAUACAAAUUUAUUAAUUAAUAAAUCAUACGACAGUACAUAUGAUGUUAUUGUUGGACAGAAUUAUACAAAAAAUGAUCUUUCUGAAGAAUACUACGAAGGCACCGGUUCUAUUUCAAUCGCAUUGAGUGAAAGUUUUUCUAGGUUAACUGGUGCCAAAUUCAGCUAUUUUUGGGUUAAAAAUGUUAAGGAGAUGGAUACAUUCAUAGGUGGAUUUAGGAAUUUAACUAAAAAAGAAGCAAAUUUUGAUAUUAUUGUUAUGUCAAUGUUUCGAGAAUUUUUUACAAUUGUGAAUAAUACCGGAAAUAACCAAAUACCAAUGCUUCCUUUUUAUAGAUAUGACAAAUGGGAUAAUUGCAUUUCUGAACUCUUAGAUAAAUAUGACCAAACAAUAUUCAUCAUACGCUCAGGUGACUACGGUGUCCUUUCUGUAGAUGCCCAGUACUUCAGUCUCCUUUAUCUGCCACAAACGUUUAUAAUCGGAGCAAGUUCAACGUCAGGAAGCUCCACAUUCACAUCCCAAUGGUCAUCAGGAACUCUAGCAUGCGUUACGUCCGGCGCUAGUGACACUUUGACCUUUGGUCCGGCAAGAUUCUUUCCGAAAAUCACUGUAGCAAGCUCUUUCGGAGGAGAUCGAAAAGGAUUCGGGUCAAAUACAGCAGCAUCUAUUUUUGCAUCCGUUGUUGCUAUGAUGAAAACAAAAUUUAAAGAUAAAUAUAAAAUUGACUAUCGUACAGUAUUAUAUGCAGUUGCGCUUUCAUCAACAAUCAUUGAUAGUUCUCAUCCCUUAUGGAUAACGAAUAAUGCUAGUAUUUCAUUUAAUCCCGCAUACGGUUACGGUAGAAUUGAAUAUACGAAGCUUAUAAGUGAAACUCUGAUAAAACAUGUUGAUGAAGUCAAAGGAAAUUUUAUAAAUAAAACAAUCUACGCAGAUUACGAUGUAAAAUUAUUCACAAUUACUUUUGCAGGCGAAGAAGAAAGGAAUUUUACUUUUGAUUUCCCAGAAGGCGAUAUGAAAAGAGUAGAAACAGUUUCAUUUAUUUUCCAUUUGAGACAUUUCUAUUAUUCAGAUUUACAUUUCACUUUGACAAGUCCAAUGAAAACAAAAGCAGUCUUAAGAUCUGGUGCAAAGGGUGAACGAUUUAGUGAAGAGAAGAAACAUCUUGAAACAAUGGAGUUCGUUAUUUUAUCUCGUGAAUUUUUCGGUGAAAAACCAAAUGGCACAUGGACAAUUUCAGUAAAACAUUGGAACUAUGUACCUGUAGAUGAAAUCUGGGGAAUGAAACUGAACAUCACAGGAUCAGAUAGUGAUAAAGAAUUAAAUAUUAAUAAGACAAUUUCAACUAGAAAACCAUUUUCAAAUGAAAAAGCAAAAUCAACAAUAAAAUUCUCUGAUAAUCAAAAUAAACCAAGACAAUGCAUGGAGAAAGUGUCUGUCAAUUUCAAUUUAUCCGAUCUUGGUAAUGUAUCUAGAGAAUAUAAUGAUAGUUCUACUUCAGAAGAAAAAGAUAUUCGUUAUUUAUCAUUUUAUCUUAGGAGUUUUAAUGAAACUAAUGGAACAGAUUCUGAAAGAAUAUUUGAUCUCAGACCGAAAAAGAUUAAUCUAUCUAGAGAUAAAAAUAAACCAAUAGAAUACUCAUUCUACCCUCCAUGUAUACUGAAAGACUGA